CAUACACAUAAACACUGUCAAAAUCCGGCCUUGUGAAAAAAAAACGAAUCUGAGUUCUUCCAUUUCUCCACCUCUCGAUGAUUAAUCUAAACCACAACCCUCUAGAUUCCUUUUGUUCCCUUUUUUAAUCUUUCCCUACGAAUUUUCACCAUUUCCACACAGAAUAAUAGCUACAGAACAAGUAUAUAUAGAUCACCACUCUCCUCUGCUUUUAUCUGGGUUUCAUUCUUGAUCAUCAAAAUCAUAAACAACAGCAAAUCAAAUCGGAAAAGGAAAAAAGUUUUGAUGGAAAUAUUGAAUCCGGCCCCCGAGUUAAGCUUGGAUUUCAAACCCACUUUUAUCCCUAAGACAAUCAGUCAAUUUUUGGGAGAAGUGGCUAGAAUCGGCAGCGUAUGUGAGAAGAUAUUGAAAGUUGAUGAUUUUGUUAGCAGAUUAGAGACGGAGAUUAGGAAAAUCGACGCGUUUAAACGCGAACUUCCUCUCUGUAUGCUUCUUAUGAAUGAUGCAAUUGUUACUUUAAAAGAGGAAUUGACUUUGUUCAAGAAAUCAGCAAACCCACCAACACUUGAAGAAUUUAUACCACUUAACAAUACCUGUGAUGAAGAUCCAAAACCUGAAACCGACAAUGGUGACAAGAAGAAUUGGUUGAGCUCUACACUGCUCUGGAACACAAAUGAUAACAAUCCAGACACAAAGCAAAACAAUAUUCCAAAACAAAAUCCAGUCCAACAAGUAAUCCAAAAGCGAGUUGAUGAAGAACAAGAUGGAAUAACUGAAAGUCCAUAUAAUGGGAAUUCUAGGAGAGAGUUCAUCCCAUUUAAGGGAUACUUUACAAGGAAUGAAGAUAAGGAGGAAUUACCAAUUCCUGGGCUUUCCCUUAUUACCCCUGGAAUCAAGAAUCCAAUGAGGGGAAAUGGUUUUGUAACAAAAACUAAUGCUAUUCAAUCAAAUGUAAAGAUUGGUACCUCUCAACCUCAGCCACCACAACAACAAACAUCUAGGAAACAAAGAAGAUGUUGGUCCACUGAGUUGCAUAGACGCUUUUUAAAUGCUCUUCAACUACUUGGAGGCUCAAAAGUUGCUACCCCCAAGCAAAUUCGUGAACUUAUGCGAGUGGAUGGUCUCACCAAUGAUGAAGUCAAGAGUCAUUUGCAAAAAUAUCGGCUUCAUACACGAAGACUUCCAUCCUCAAAUUUAUCUGCUGUUCCUUUGUGGACACAAGAUCAGUAUGUUGAAUCAUCAAAGUACAAAGAUUGUCAUCAAUCAGGUUCUCCUGAUGGACCCCUGAACUGCACCACCGCCGGAACUUCCACCACUGGCGGCACCUCCGCCGGUGACAGCAUGGAUGAUGUUGAAGAUGAGAAAUCUGAGAAUAAUUGCUGGAAAAGUCAUCUUCAUAUCUCUGGAAAAGAUAGUGUAUAAUUUUUUACAUAUCUUUAUAGAUAAAUAGUAUAUCGCGGCGAUUAAUUAAUGUUAAAAGAGCUUAUAAAAGUUUAAAAAGACAAAAAAAAAAAAAUUAUACAGAGAGUGAAAUUUUGCAGGUUAGGU